CUGCUGCUUGCUGUUGUCAUUGCUAACAUUGCCAGUGCUGGCAAUUUGCAUUCGGGACGAAAACUCACACACGGAUCGAUUCCAUCGAUGCACGGAUGGAAUAAUUAGCGUCCCUUGUGUAAAAACCUUCGCCGCCAGGAAGACGAGAUCGACCCCAUCAAACUAGUGAACUUCAUUGUUUUUUUUGUCGACAAACCUUUCUUUGUUUUCCGGCCGAAAAUGGCAGAACAGGUGCAUGACAACUCCGCCUUUGUUGCGGCUUCGUCCAACCUGCCGCCCGGUUGGGAUUGCAAAUACGACGAAAGGGCAGGGCGAUUCUACUACUUGAACUACUUCACCAAGACAACAACGUGGGAGGAUCCUCGGCUGAGAUAUCGCCCUGUUGCACAGCCCCAGCAAUUCUUUUCAUCAAGCAGCGUCCAUAGUUCUGUCGCAGGAGAGUCCAUUCCACUUCAGGAUUUGACAAAUGUUCGUCCAAGUCCAAUUCCGAGCCGAGCCUACUCAUCGUCAGGCCCUUCGCCUCUUAUGUGCAACCAUGGCUUCAUCCACAGUUCAUCUCCGACAAGAGCGUCUGGAGCGCCUGCCAGUGUCUGCAGUUCACAGGACACCUCCCUGAAUAUUGAAACGGAGCAAGCCGUGGCCAAAAUUGGGGCUAUGUUUCCAACUGUUGAAGAAAACCACGUCCGUGCCCUACUUAAAAAGUAUCACAACCGCGAAGCAGUGGUCAUCAGCGCCUUGCAGGUGGAGAAGCAUCCCCUGACUACCCCCGGCCCCUAUUCGACCCCGUCCCUGGCCCGCCACCACAUUUCCUCCUCUAACCAGUUUGGCAUUUACAAUGCCUACCAGCAAAUGCUCAGCAUGUCGCCCCCGCUGCGCCACUGCAGCCCUCCGCGAAGCCCAACCACCAGGCCUGGCUCAGGAGCCAGUAGCUCUGGCAGUUACGGUUCUCCAAGACCAGGGGAGAUUAUUCGAGGUUUGCCUCGACCGCACUCCUCGCCUAAGAUGAAACUGAGGUACAUGAAAGGGCUGUUUCCUGCCGCAGAGGAAACUCUGCUCCUUGAUGUGCUCAGCAACGCUGACAACAAUGUCCAAAAGGCGUCAGAGAAACUAACCAGCAUGGGCUUUGAAAAGAGGGACAGCCCACCACCAAGAGUGCUGCAGAAGAGGAAGGAAGAGGAGCAGAAGGCCUUGCAAGAGAAGCAGCGCAUGUCGGCCACUCCAACGCCUCCACCACGUCUCAAGAGUUCAGAAGAGAAGCAGAAAAUGAAAAAGCGUCUGCAAGAUUUGUAUCCAGAUAUUCCUGAGAGAGUCGUGACGAUUGCGCUUGACAGCUCGGAUUUUGAUGAGGAGCGUGCAAAUCACAUUCUUCAAGUGAUGGUUGACGAGGAGGGCUCUAAGCCUUCAAGUGUUGAUACACCAAGCUCCAGCAAAGAUGGGGAACUACACCACGAAAUGAAAAUCUCCACUCAGAAAACUGACACACCAUUGCUGGUGGAGUCUUCCCCUGCUCGAUCCCGCAAGAACUCCCCCGCACGCAAGAUAGAAAAGGAAAAAGCGUCCAUCCACAAGCGUGCCAAAGGGAAGAGGGAAGUGCCAAAGGUAUCAAGGGGCACCAGUACAGCAGAGGACAAGGAGUACAAGUCAUCAUAUCUGCAAAAAACCAGUGGACCAAACACUGAGAACCUUUCUGGUGCGAACAGCGAUCUGCUUCUAGUUGACUAUGUCACGUGGCAAGGCCCCAACGCAGAAAAUCGAACCGGACCAAGAGGUUUAGCCAAAGGUCCUGACAAAUCUCUGCGUGAGGGAAUGGCUUACACAGCAAGAGGGCCAAACAAGGGGUUGUGCAAUGGGCCAGUCAAAGGCCUAGCUAAAGGGAGUAUUUACUCUAGUUUGGCAUCAGGCAACCUGGUUGACUCCAGGGGAAAUUAAAUUUUAUGAAAUGAUUAUUCCACAUAUUUUAUGUAAUCUCAUAAGGUGUUUUAUCAAACCUUCACUUAGCGCAUUAUUUUUAUGGCUGAUGUGACAGAUGGUGUUGGAAUUUUGUUGGUUGUUUGUCCUAUACCAACACCUUUGCUUGUAUUUUGACAAUAUUUACUCGCAAGCCACAUGUAUUUGAAUUAUCGCGUUUUGUGUCAUUGUAUAUCAGGUAUCUUGUGAUGUUUAAAGUGCUGUUUGCUUGUGGUGAUCAUGUUUAUUGCAAUAACGUUGUAUUGAUAAAACUACAUUUCACAGGUAGAAAAAAAUGCCAUAUAUAUUUUUGUCGAAAGAAAUGCCAACCUGAAUCUGAAUCAAAUCAACUUAACAAUACUCCAAAGAAGCAUAGAAUGUAAUGUUUCUCUAGUCACUUGACGUUUUUUUUUUUUAAAUAUAAGUGUCGGCGAAUUAUCUUGUUUGAUGUGCACCAAUGGUGAUAUCAAAAUAAGAGGUUUAUGUAGCGAAAUAAAAAAAAAUUCUUUAA